AUGGACACGAGCUACCUCGCCCAGCAGGUCACCACCAUCAUCGGCCAGCUGCACGGCUUGUUCGACGACAUUGGCGUCUCCAGCCAUGAGCGCGACACGCGUGAAGCAGAGUUGUUCUCUGCUCUGUCCGAGACGCUCCACAACCAAUUGCGACAGGUCACCAACGAGAAACAUGAGAUGACUGAAGAGGCGCAUCGCCUGCUCAAGACUAUCCGGCAGAUGGAGGCUUCGCUCGAUGACAACAGGCCCAACCCCAACUACGACGACCAGGACGACCGGGCCAUCACCUUCCCCUUGACGCGCUGCCUCCAGGGCCUGAAGGAGCGAUACAACUCGGUCAGCAAGAUGCAUAAGGAGCGCUUUGAGCAGGUCAGGAAACUGGCCGAAGCCCUGGAAUCGUAUGCGUCGCAUCUCGAAUCGUCCUUCGUCCAGGUCAAACUCCCGCCCACGGCGCCCAACGCGAAAGUCUCACCCUCGUUCGACAUCUCGCCCUCCUACGUCACCAAGCUCGACAACGAAUUCACACGCGUAUACGAGGAAUACACAAAGCGCCUAAACACAGUCCAGGUCAUCUGCCAGGAGAUCAUACAGCUUUGGGCAGAACUCGGCACACCACAAGCGCAAACGGACAGCGCAAUCGUGCAAUGUCAUCGUGACGCGCCUGAACAACUCGGUCUGCACAAGGACGAUCUCGCGCAAUUGAACGCGAAGAAGGAGCGACUUGUCGAGGAGAAGCGCGGUCGCGAACGACGAUUAGGGCAGCUGCGCACAACCAUCGAGGAGCUCUGGGAUCGCCUGGGUAUUGAGGAGCGCGAGCGCAAGCAAUUUCUCACCAAUAACCGCGGAUGUGGACUGCGCACCAUCAACGAGUAUGAGGAUGAGCUGGCCAGAUUGAACGAGCUCAAGCGCCAGAACCUACACUUGUUUGUCGAAGAGGCGCGCGUUCAACUCCAGGAACUAUGGGACGCCCUUUACUUCUCUGAAGAAGAGAUGCUCGACUUCACACCCGCCUUCUCCGACGUCUGCAGUGACGCUCUACUCGCCGCCCACGAAUCCGAAAUCGCACGUCUCGAAGCGCUCAAGGAGCAACGGCUGCCUAUACUCCAGAAGAUCGAUCGUCACCGCGAGCUUAUUCAGGAACGCGAUGAGCUUGCACAAUCGAGCCAGGACGCAACCCGUCUGAUGGCGCGCGGUAACAAGGGCGAGAGACGCGACCCGGGCAAGCUCCUGCGCGAAGAGAAGAUGCGGAAGCGCAUCGCAAAGGAGCUGCCCAAGAUUGAAACAGAUCUGAGAGUCACCCUCGAGAGCUGGGAAGACGAAUACGGACGUCCUUUCCUUGUCCACGGCAACCGAUACCUGGACGAACUAUACGCAGCCGCGCAAAAGGCAGCCCCACCACCUCGCGCGAAGACACCCUCGAACAGCGGUAUGCCUACCAAACCAGCGACCGUUGGCAGAGCCUCAGCAGCGCCUAGCCGCGCCGGAACAGUUCGUGGUGCGCCACCCAGCCGAUCAAAGACCCCCGUAUCGAACUUUGGCCAGAGCGCUUCCGCAGCAAGCAUGUCCCGUAGCACUUUCGCGCAAUCGGUUGGUCCCAACUUUGGUGCUUCGGUGUCGGCAUCUGCCCAAAAGAGCCCUUCCAAGAUUCCUUCUCGUGCGGGACUGAAUGGCACAACAAACGGCAGGAGCUCACCUGAGAAGCGACCACAACUCUCACGAGAAGAUUCGGCCACGAUGCGCAAGAUGGCGCCACCUAUGGCUCCUCCCCCACGUAUGAAAGAUCUGUUCGUCCCUCCAGAGCCAUCACCAAUGGAGACACCGAUGAACCGCUUCGAGUUCAACCGUGGAGACCGCAGUGAAAGCAUCGUGCGCAACGUACAACCAGAGGACCCUUACGACGACCGAUCGUUCAUGGGACGCACUAUGAGAGGAGGCUACACACCCACCUACCCACCGCCAUCACUAUCAUCCGCUAGCAGUCGACAAAUAUCACAAACCUCAUCCACAGGCACAGCCGCUACAGGCAUGACCAUGCAAUCCGGCUCCGAAAACUGGGAAACGUUUAGUGAACAGUCCGACGAGGUACCGGAGGAAGAAGUCGACUUCCACGCCUACCGGCGGCAGAUGAAGCGCUACACACCCGAGGGCGGCCAUGUCGCCAGCCCGGGUAGAAUCCAAGGCAAGAAGGUCCGCGGUAUACGGAGCGUCGACACGGGCGAACUGUUAACCGAGCAGGACGGUCGUAUGGUACGCGUGAUCGAAGGCUCAGAAGCGGGCUGGACGACUGACGGCGACGGGUACUGA